AUGUUUAAGAUACUCGGGAUUUUACUGCUGGCGGCCUUGAGUGUCAACGCGUUUAGUUUUGUAAAUAUAAUUAGCUACGCGAAAUAUUUGUACCCGCGUAACUUGACGUACCUGAACGCCGGAGUGGGCGGCAACGAGCUGUGGCGAGGAAUUUUGAAGGACUGUAGCAAGAAAUUAACAUUUUCGUGCUUGCAAAAGAACGCGUACAGUUAUUUGGACAACACAUUGGGAGAAAUAGACAAUGUGACCAUUUUUGACGGAAUUUUGAUGACCAAAAAUAACCUGGACUAUGGAACAUGUGAGAAAAAUUGUGAAGAAGACACUUCUGAAGAAGAUAAUUUGGUAGAAGAUCGCAGCUACAAGGAAAACUUCAAAGCUUUUGAAGAACCGGAAACUCCCUUGGAAGAAGUUACUUCUGCGUUGAGGCAUAAAACGGUCAAAUUUUUGGCGACACGUGACUACGAAAUCCAGCUUCCAGAGUUUGUUUUCGAGAAGGCUAAAAUCAAAAUUAGUCCUCGAGAAAUUGACUCGAAUGGAGCGCUGGUACGAAUCGAUUUUGGGUCUCCUUUGGAGCAGCAAGGCCGCUUAUUUAAAAAAAUUCGCAAAUUCAUCCAGAACCGGUUGCUGCUGAGUUUCCUGGCACUGAUACUCAUUAUUAAAUUGAUCAAGGUCAAGUUCAUGUUCGUGAUACCUUUCUUGUUUGGAGUGACCACUGCUAAGAAAGUAUUUUUGAAGCUGUUGCUGUUUUUGAUCCCGCCGUUCGCCCACGUGUUUAAACUAUGCUCCAGUUAUUUCAACUCGCACACAAAGUUUCAUCAUCACCAUCACCAUCAGAUCGCCCAUCAUCAUCAUCACGUUCCAGUUCCCGUUCCAAUGCCAGCACCCACGUACUACGACCCACAUCAUCACUCACCUCACCCGCCUUAUCAAGAGGAAGAAUUUCAAGGUUACGAUUACGCGCAUCCGCACAUCCAGCUGCGGAAAGACAUGGAAGAGCUGAAGGAGUGGGGAAUAGACUCGUUCACGGAUUUGCAUGACGAUUACAACAAACUGACCCCCGUCCAGCCUCAACUUAAUAAUUACGGCAAUCUUCAACCUCAGUAUCUGAAGCCAGCUCAGCUUCAGCCUCAGCCUCAACCGAUAAAUGUGGCACAUGCUCAAAGUUUGGCUUACAAUGGGUAUCUCGAAGAUCAGAACCAGAAAUUACAUCGACGGAUAUCAGGUGGAUCUGUGCCGGGAGUGCCAGUGGGAGUUGGAGUUGGAGUCGGAGCACCAGUGCCUAGUGUCCCAAUUCCCUCAGUCCAGCAAGUACCAGUUAAUACUGCGUCAAUUAAACACACUCCCGUUGCACCUGCACGUAAUGAUUUCAAGUCCAAUGCUCACACACAUGCUCUUGCCACCAACAGCAACAACAACAAUAAUAAUAAUAAUAAUAAUAACAAUAACAACAGGCAAGUGCAUCCUGUUUUUGUGCACUCACAUCAGCCAGUCGCGAGCUCCAAUCUCCAGCAGCAGACACAGAUAAAUAGACUUACUCAGCAGCAACAGCAGCAGCAGCUUAAAGUGACGAAUAAAAAAAAUACCGGUGAACUUGGUCACGUUACUAAUCAAGUUGAGCGUGUCGCAGUGACUCAAGACGAUUCUUUUUAUGGGCCCAUACUUCGCAGACUCGACGAAAUUUUUUUGCAACUUAAAUUCAGUGAAGAGUCUUGUAAGGAGAGACUCAUUUGUAGCAUGUACAAAAAUCCAGCAAUUUAUUCACCGCAUAGUAAUAUUGUGUCUAAUGAGUUAUCUAGAGAUCCGCAAGAACUGAAGCGUAAAAGUACCGGUAGUGCUUCUAGCCAACGUUUUUACCGGUACAUAUCUGCCGCAAGGUUGGGGCAAGAAGGCGGCGACUGUCUGAGAAGCUAUCCAUGUCACAUAAACACAGAGUGA